CCUGCCGUGUUGGUCUCUCACUUCAUUUUGAAAAUUGGCGGGUGUUCUACCCAAUUUCCAGUAUUUCCUCUCGUCUUUCCCAAUUUUCAUCCCCUAACUCGCUAUUUUUCUCACUACGCCGCACUCUAAUCCCUAAUUUUUCAGUAAAGUUGAAGUUCUUAUCAUAAUGGUUUUUCUGCAUCAAAUCAAUUCCUCCCGAAAAAAACUCCUCUCCUCCGUAAUCCCUGAAACGCCACUGAAAACCUCAAAAUUCACCGCCGUAAAUGUUGAGAAGGCAGAGAAAGAAAAAGAUAAAUCGAAACAUAAAGAGACCGAGAAAGAUGAAGGUGUUUCCGAAGAGAAAAUGAUAUCGAUACUAGCAGAUGCUGGAUGUACUCUCUUCAAUAACCCUAGCUCUACUCCUUCUCUUCCUACUGAUACACACAAGUUCCGUUGCCAUCUCAAUCAUCUAUUCACAUCCACCUCCUCCUCUUCAAAUCCUUCAAUCCUAUCUGAUUUUCUUACUGGAUUCAGUUCUCACAUCAGAAACCCUAACAAUCUGAGAAGAAUCCUUGUUUCUGCUCCCCGUGAAAGUCUUCUUCGUAAUCUCUUACUAGUUCCUUCUCUUCAAUUACAACUCCAACUUACGCUUCUUGAGAAACUUCCUGAAUACUAUUUUGAAAUUUCUAACCCUAAUGGAUCACUUGAAGAUGAUUUUGCUAGGUUAAUUCUUAAUCACUUCCGUUGGCUUGAUUUCCUUGUUGAUCCAAAGGCAUUUUGUGAUAAACUCAUGGAAGUUCUUUCAAUUUGUCCAAUACAUUUAAAGAAAGAGAUUAUUGGAUCUUUGCCUGAGAUUAUUGGUGAUCAGAACAAUGAUUCCAUAAUUUCUUCUCUACAACAUAUGUUAGAGGAGGAUGCUGAGCUUAUUGUUCCCGUUCUUGAUUCAUUUUCGAAUCUAAACUUAGAAGGCCAGUUACAGGAGCAGGCGAUUACUGUAGCAUUGUCUUGUAUUAGGACUGUUGAUGGUGAAAACAUGCCUUAUCUUAUUAGGUUUCUAAUGUUGUCGGCUACAUCAGUGAAUGCUGGACGAAUUAUUUCACAGAUUCGUCAGCAUUUGAAGUUCAUAGGUGGAACUGAUUCUCGUAGUGCUCGAGGAAAGAAGCUUAAAGGGAAAUCACAGGUGGAUAAUUAUGAGGCUUUGGUACUUGAAGCUUUAAGAUCAAGUCUCCGGUUUAAAAAUAUAUUGUGUCAGGAGAUUUUUAAAGAACUUAAAUUCGUUGUCAAAGCUCAGGAUCACAAGGUUAUUGAUGUUUGGCUACUUAUGCUUAUAUACUCAAAUGGUGGACUGUUACAAAAGAGUGUCGAAAAAAUUAUAAAAAGGAAAAUUAGUGAAGGCUGUUUUCGUGAAAGUCUAUUUGAUCAGUGCAUUCAGGGGCAAGGGGAUUUAGUAAAGGAAUAUUUCUCUUCAUUUCUAUCUGUAUGUGAGUUCUUAUUGGCAUGCAAAGAACACAGAGCAAGGGAGUUUGGCAUGCAAUUGUAUGCGUCUAUCUUCGAUGAGUUCAAAGAUACUUAUUCAAGACAGGAAGUCCUAGGUGUGUUAGUCGCCCAUAUAGGUUCUGGCAGUAGUUAUGAAGUGACUGCUGCACUGGAGACCAUGGUACUGUUAGCUUCUAAAUAUUCACAGGAGCUGAUCCCACUUUCAUCGUACAUUAAUGGCAUCUUGGACUACUUGGAAGGGUUUAAUAUCGAUAAUCUACACAAGGUCUAUGAAGUGUUCAGCCAUUUGGCAUUGUCCGCACGCUGUAGUGCAGAUUCCACUGGAUCUUCUAUUGCAAAUGAGCUUUUGAUGAUCAUAAGGAAGCAGGUUAGUAAUCCAGAUUUGAAAUAUAAGAAGAUGGGUAUAAUUGGGACUCUGAAGAUAGUUUCUUGUCUUGGUGAUCGAAAAAAUGCCGCUUGUCCAUCAUCUUCUCAGAGAACAAAUCCUCAGGAGUGUUUAGAACUUCUGAAAAUGUCAUUGGAUUCGUGCAAGUUGUUGCCUCGACCCUUGACCCUGUUUUAUGAUGAACUUAUUGCCUUACUGGAGUCUACAAGUCUACAACCAGCAAUUAUAGAAUGGAUUGGGAAACAUGUAAGUGAAUUCGAAGCAAUAUAUUUGUCUGAUCUUGAAGGAGGGAAAUUGCUAUCAGAAAACUCGUCUUUUGAGUUAGAAGGGAAUUUGUGGAUGAACUUAGACGGGGAUCUGUCUCCCAUUUGUUUGAAUGUCUUGCCACUUAUCGCCUCUUCUUCCGGUUUUAUUGCCCACAGUUCAUCAGUGCCUUUGCAAAUUCUUCCUGCAUACUUCCGUCUUCUCUCUGUUGUUGAGAGGGUGACAAGUGACGGAUCUCUUGGUGGCAUUGAUGCACUACUUGGUUGCCCUUUGCACCUUCCUUGCCCUAAGUAUUUUGCUCGGGGUGUUUGGUUGUCUCUGACAGGGAAACAAAAGCAAGCAAUAUGCCUUUCUCUCUAUUAUGGAUGUAAUUGGAUAAGGGAAUUGCUCAAUGCCUUUUGUACACAAGUUACUGGAGAUUUAGAUUGUUUAAGUCAGGCAGCGAGGGAGGAAAUAAGUGCAAAGUUGCGAAAGCGCUUGAGGAACCUAAUUUUUCUGGAAUGCUUAUUGAAUACCUCCCUCAAACUGUACCCUGUAUCUCUACCUGAGCUCCACCUUUUGCCGGAGCACCAUGGAUCUUCUUACUUUAGCAAGCCAAGUUUUUUAGGAAACAAGGAUUCAAAGAGUGAUAACAAAAGAAUAUCUGAGAGCACUCAGACCAUUUCAUCGGGAAAAAGAAAAAAGUUGAAGAACAUAGUGACUUCAGAUAAUAGUCAAACGCUGAGGCAACCUACGAUCAUGGAUGUGCUGAGAAAAGCAGGCGUUACUAUAAGCCAAGAAGGGCCAAAAAGCAGAUCGUCCGACCCUUCGUACAAGGGGACAGAAUCUCAGUCUGAAGAACUUUUCAACAAUGAUCCUAACAGCCCUGUAGAUAUCUGUGCAGUUACCAUGGUUUUGGACACACAAAGAUCUAAAUGCAGGCCUUUACGAGUUGACUGCUUGUCCAUAUUGAGCUUUUCUGAGAUUCAAGAUUCUUGUUCUGAUCCUGCAGUUGAGUUACCCUUGCAUUUGUACCUUCUACGCGAUCUUCACAACAAGCUGGAUGAUGCAAGUCCUUCGAGCAAACAAUUUCCACCUGGAAGCUUAAGGGCACCACCUGCUCUCAACAGGAUGACAGCCAGUGAGCUCUUGAACAAGAUGAGGCCACUAUUUCCAAGCCUAAGAAAACAUUUUGAUUGCACAGUUUUUGUUCUUAAAGAAGGAGGGGAUGAAACUUAUCAAGAAAGUUGGAAAACUCAGUCUGCUUCUGCUGGAAACCCAGAUAUACCCGAUUUGGUGAUCUCAAAGGCAGUAGUUGCUGGUUCUGUCUUCAGUGAGAUUCUUUUUUGUUUUAGCAAGAUGCUAAAGCUUCCUCAGAUGGAUAUGCAGCUACUCUUAGACCUCCUCGAGGCCUUCCAGCCAAUUGGGGUACCUGAGCUUGUUCUCUCCAUAAACCCAUUGCCUUCUGCUGGCAGCAUAGAUUACAUGUAUUGUGGUGCUUAUUCCUUCUUGGAAGGUGUAAUGGAUAUAGCCUGUUCUUUCACACUUCCUCAGGCAUCAGAAGUUAUUGCUACUCUAGAAUCAGUGGUGAGUUCUGCAAAGUCAUUCGUUUGUCAAUUGCUAGAAAGUGACAAGAAAAGUACAAAUUUAGUGCGCGUCCAGAGAGUCCUUCCUAUUCUGUGCAGCAGACUUGGAAGUUGUGCACAGAAGCUGUUAAUGCAAAACUGGGAUGAUGAAAAUCUUCCGAAUGGUUCAAAGAGCAAGGGAGACAUGAUCCAGAAGAUACUGCACAUCUAUUUGGAGUAUAGUGAUUCCACCGCUGAUUUGCUCGAGGAACAUGCAUGCUCUAUCUUGCCACAGGUCCAUUCUGGAAAAAGUAAAUCUGAAGAAGCCGGUUGUAGUUUCCCAACAUUGUGCUCAACAACAUUUAUUGUUUGGUAUCGGGUAUUGUAUGAGCAGAAUCUCACAGUUCUUAACAAGUUGGUAAAAGAAGCUGCUGUCGUAGCAAAAUGUGCCCCAGAUGUUCGAGUUGAAGCUAUAAGACGGUUUUUGAUAAAACUACGCCAGUCUGUUAAUGUGCUUGUUUCUUUAGUCAACAUGUGCAAGAUUCAUGAAAAGGUAAAUGUGCACGCAAUGGCAGUCAAGUAUGGUGCGAAGUUUGUCGAUUUAUUCCUCAAAGUUUUCGACUUCCUAGAAGCCAAUUUUCAAGGGCAAGGUGACAUCAUUAUCCAACUGGUGAAAGAGCUCCAAAAGGCAACAAGAACAAUACAAACCCUGUGUUCUGAGGCCAAGGGCUCAAGACGAACAAUGAUAACAACUAAGAUUCCUGCUACAAAGCGGUCCAUGGAACGAUUUUUGUUCCGUGUCAAGGCACUCUUUCACAAUACGUCAAGUGGAUGCACAUUUUGGAUGGGCAACCUAAAACACAAGGACUUGUACGGCCAGGUGGUAAGUUCUCAAGCUUAUGCAGAUACAGAUGAUGCUAACAUUCACAAAGAAGCAGAAGAUGCCAUGGAGGCAACCAUCGAUGAUGAUCAAGCAACCAAAAGUGAUAGCCAAGAAGAAAAUGAGUCUGAAUGAAACUCUUUGGUCUUUUGCUCUAAAUGAAGGUAAAUCAAUGUAAAUCAGACGACCUUAGCAGUGGAAGGUGCAGCAGCAGCAACAGCAUCCGAGUUUUGAUCAGGAAUUAAAGGGGUACGAAUUGAGGAGGUUGUGGAGUUACCAUUAUCAGGAGCAGUAUUAACAGCAUCAUCAGGAUCGUAAUCGGGAUCUAGAGAACGGUCAAUGGCUUCUCUUCCUUUAUCGAGGCAGGGCUUGCAAGCAACCUCGAUCGUAAUCCAUCCUAGAACGAGCCCUACAAUGGCUAUUACUGAGGUGGUCAGCGCUCCCAUUGUUCUCUCUCUCGAUCUCGAAGGGAAGAAUUGAAGAAACAAUAACGGUAUGGCUGGUUCUUGUGGUAGGUGAUAUGACAACGCAUUUGAGAAAAUGGGUAUAUUCAAGGCCCAUCAGAAAACGGGUUUUACUCGCGAACUUGUCAAAUUCAACUGUUUUUUCCUUCGUUAUUUCUUCAUUUAGACUAUACGAACAAAUUAGGGGAAGUAUAAUUUCCUUUUUGAAAAUAAAAUCAGAGGAAGUAUGUGGAAGAUGUCUUCGACAUGAAUAAGCAUCAACGGCAAAGACAUAGUGUAGGGGUUACUGGUAAAGCUUGUAAGUAACUGUAGAGGGUCGAAAAUGGGUGAUCGACCUUAAUAUUAAAGAUUUUGGGGCCUGGAGAUUUUGAAUGGGAAACUUAGGCGCAGGUCCAAAAAAAAUAAUAUUCCCAUUGUCAGGUCCAUAAUUAAUUUUAGGUACCGUG